AUGGUCUUCCUGGAGCUGUUCCUGCAGACGGUGGAGAAGCACUUCAUGGUGGGACACAGGGUCACCUGCUACGUCUUCACCAAUCAGCUGGCUGCCGGGCCCCGUGUGCCCCUUCCGGAAGGCCGGAGGGUGGUGGUCCUUGAGGUCCCCGGUGCCCCGCGCUGGGAGGACAUGUCCAUGCAGUGCAUAAUAACUCCACACUUCCUCUGUGAGGUGGACUACCUGGUGUGCACGGAGGUGGACAUGAAGUUCCGCGACCACGUGAGCAUGGAGAUCCUGUCCCCCAUCUUCGGCACCCUGCACCCCAGUUUCUACCGGGCGGCCCUCAAGGACUUCAGCUAUGAGCAUCGGCCACAGUCCCAGGUGCACAUCCCCAGGGACCAGGGUGACUUUUACUACAUGGGGACCUUUUUUGGGGGGUCGGUGGUGGAGGUUCACCGACUGACUUUGGCCUGUCACCAGGAGAUGGGGGUCGAUCUGGCCAGUGGGAUCGAGGUUGUGUGGCACGAUGAGAGCCACCUGAACAGGCACCUGCUGGACCACAAGCCCCUCAAGGUGCUGUCUCCGGAGGACCUGUGA